AUGGGAAGUCUUAUCUCGCCAUCAGCACUACUGGAUAGUCUUCACUCGCCACUGACCCCGCCUUUGGAUGAUUCCACCCCGCCUUCGGAUAAUUUCACCCCGCCAUCGAUCUCGCCAUCGGUUAAUCCCAUUCUGCCAUCAACCACGCCCUCGGAUUCUCUCUCCACGCCACCAAGUAAUCCUACCUCGCCACCGAGUAAUCCUACCUCGCCACCGAGUAAUCCUACCUCGCCACCAAGUAAUCCUACCUCGCCACCGAGUAAUCCUACCUCGCCACCAAGUAAUCCCACACCUCUCAUGGGAAGUCUUAUCUCGCCAUCAGCACUACUGGAUAGUCUUCACUCGCCACUGACCCCGCCUUUGGUUGAUUCCACCCCGCAAUUGAUCUCGCCAACGGUUAAUCCCACUCCGCCAUCAACCACGCCCUCGGAUUCUCUCUCCACGCCACCAAGUAAUCCUACCUCGCCACCGAGUAAUCCUACCUCGCCACCGACACUACUGGAUAGUCUUCACUCGCCACUGACCCCGCCUUUGGAUAAUUCCACCCCGCCUUCGGAUAAUUUCACCCCGCCAUCGAUCUCGCCAUCGGUUAAUCCCAUUCUGCCAUCAACCACGCCCUCGGAUUCUCUCUCCACGCCACCAAGUAAUCCUACCUCGCCACCGAGUAAUCCUACCUCGCCACCGAGUAAUCCUACCUCGCCACCAAGUAAUCCUACCUCGCCACCGAGUAAUCCUACCUCGCCACCAAGUAAUCCCACACCUCUCAUGGGAAGUCUUAUCUCGCCAUCAGCACUACUGGAUAGUCUUCACUCGCCACUGACCCCGCCUUUGGAUAAUUCCACCCCCGCCUUCGGAUAA